AGCUUCUCCAUGUGAAGCUGAACUUCAGAAAUUAGUGCGUCAAAUUGACAUCAUGGUAAACAGCAAGAAAGUGGAAUGGGAAAGGAAGAUGAAAGCCUUAAAAGCAAAGAUGGAUAUCCAGGAUCAAGAAUUAGCAAGUACCCAGAGCAAACUGGAUCAAAAAGGUCAAGAGGUGGGACUGCUUCGACAGAAACUGGAAGACUUACAGAAAACUAAAUAUGAGAUGGCUGUGAAUUAUGAAACUCAGCUGCAAGCACUGAAAUCUCAUUUUUCAAAGUUGACACAUAGUUAUGAAAAGCUACAGUCACUUCAAAUAAAACAAAAAAGGGUUGAAAGCAAAGAAAAAUGUGAGAAAAGCCUAGAGACACCACCUGAACUGAGCCAUUUAUCCAAGAAACUGCAGGAAUUUAAGGCAAAAUCAAGAGAAUGGGAUAAGAAGGGGACAAUCUGCCAAAAUUAUCUCAUUUAUUUAGGUUCUCAACAAAAAUUAUUGUCCGAGAAAUGUAAUUUAUUUCAGAAGCAGACCCAGAAUUACCCAUUCCAAGUAAGCAAUAAGAAACAAAAUCAAGAAGAGGUAAUUACCUAUAACCAGCCCAGAAGUGAAAAGGAUGAUUUGAUUAUUGAAGAACUAAAGGCAGCUGUGAAUGAAAUAGCAAUAAACAAGAAUAAACUAGAAGAGGAAAACCUGAAACUCCGAGAGGAUCUAAAAAUGUACCAAGACCAGUGCCAGAACAUGGAGGCAGGCUUUUCAGAAAUGAGAAAUGAGCUGCAGUCACGGGAUGCUCUCUGGAGAAGGAUACAAUUGGAAUGCCAACACUUGCAUACAGAAUUAUUGAAAAUCAGAGAGUAUAAAGAUAUGCAGGAAACUCAAAUAAAGCAUCAAUCAUCUUGUGUACAACUUACUGAGCAACUAGAAAAUAAAAAUGCUGAGUUAUUACUAUUGGCACAAGGUCAAGAACAUCAACGGGAAGAGCUAAACAAGAUAAGAAACCAUGUUUAUCAAGAGGAGCAGUCCCAUUGCUCUGAGCAGGAACGAAUGAAGACAGAAAUCUGUGACCUGACAGAAGUGCUCCAUCAGAAGGAGAUCACUAUAGCAACUAUCAUGGAGAAAGCAAGUCUUCUGGAAAGACAGUUAAAAAUGGAGUUAGAGAUAAAAGACAAAUUGUUAGCAAAACAACAGUUGCUGGAUUUCCAAUACAAAGUUAUCAAAUCUGAAAACACACAUCUAAAAGAGAUCGUGGAAAACCAGGAGUGUAAAAGCUGCACGAGUAUAGAUUUACCUAACAAAGAAUAUGGAAAUUUCACAGCUUCCAUUCACAAACUGCAACAUGAGAAUGCAGGAUUACAAGAUAGUUUUGUUAAACUACACAAUGACACAGAAAUAUCGAUACUGGGUCGCAUGGAUACGCCUGGAGAAACGAAGCACAGCCACCAAACUUAUUCAGAGAUGCAAGAAAAGGAAGAGAGAGGUCAUGAAAAGAAAAUAGAUCAUAAAUCUCCAUCACCACCAAUGGGGUAUCCUUUGGGCUUUGGUGGGCUGUUUCCUGAAAAGGGCAGAACAGGCAGGUUCCUGAGCCCUGCUCACAAUGCAGAAGAAAUCAAAUUAUCAUCUCCUCCUGAGAUGUCCUUCCUUGCAACAACAGAAAAGUUCCUUCAAGAGGAAGAGAAGCACACAAGAGAGUUUGAAGAACGUUUAAAUUUGCACCUUGAAGAACUGCAAAGACAUUCUGAAAAUACUCUCAAAAACUAUGCCAGGAUUCAGCAAAGCAGGCAUACUUAA